UCUCCCUCUUCCUGAGCUUAUCUCGGUGCGCAUCGUCAGCAUCAGUUUGAAGUCAAAUCUGACAGCCGCUGCCUUGCCCGGUUCUUUCCUCGUCUCUUUUACUCUUCGGUGAUCACCCCGUCUCGUCCAGGAGCUCAGUCGGGACUGUGGGACCUGGUCUGAUCGCUGCCUUCAACUUGGGGCGAAGAAAGACACGGGAAACUCCUCGGGAUUCUCCGUACACCGAGCGCUGAUCCGGAUAUUGUGUUUGACGUGCCCAAGUGCUUCUUAAGGAGAAUUCUGUGGAGAUUUCCUACUCUUUCAUUCCUCAAGGAUGAAGCAGCACCGUGGACCUGUGUACUGAAACAACUCCCGCGUUUACACUUUGUGUUCCAGAAUGAACCAUGAACAAAGGUUGUGAGGGCCUGUUUCUAUCGUCCUGUUGCACAGUGAGGCAGUGAGCUCACGGAGGAUACAGCAUGCAUGUGUCGACAUAUCCCAUGAUGCACUCUGCCAGCCCGGGCCUGCUCCUCCUCAGCUUCCUCUUCCUCGCCGAUGCCGACUCGCCCCCCAGAUUCACAAGAACCCCAGAAGACCAAACAGGAGUCCAGGGGGGAGUGGCCUCCUUCGUGUGCCAGGCCUCAGGCGAUCCCCAGCCCAAGAUCGUCUGGAACAAGAAAGGCAAAAAAGUCAGCAACCAGAGAUUUGAGGUAAUAGAGUUUGACGACGGAUCCGGCUCAGUCCUGAGGAUCCAGCCGCUGAGGACCCCCAGAGACGAGGCAAUUUAUGAGUGUCACGCCUCCAACUCAGCAGGAGAGAUUACUGCCUCCACCAGACUCAAUGUGUUACGAGAGGACCAGCUGCCCCCGGGUUUUCCCACCAUUGACAUGGGCCCCCAGCUGAAAGUGGUGGAGCGUUCUCGGACGGCCACCAUGCUCUGUGCCGCCAGCGGCAACCCUGACCCAGAAAUUACCUGGUUCAAGGAUUUCCUGCCGGUCAACACAUCCAAUAACAAUGGACGCAUCAAGCAGCUUCGCUCAGAGUCCUUUGGUGGCACGCCCAUACGAGGGGCCCUCCAGAUAGAGAUGAGUGAAGAGUCAGACCAGGGGAAGUAUGAGUGUGUUGCCACCAACAGCGAUGGGACACGCUAUUCCACCCCAGCGAACCUCUAUGUCAGAGAGCUGCGAGAAGUGCGUCGUGUCCCUCCUCGCUUCUCCAUCCCGCCGGCCGACAGCGAGAUCAUGCCGGGGGGGAACGUCAACAUCACCUGCGUGGCGGUGGGCUCGCCCAUGCCGUACGUCAAGUGGAUGCUGGGAGCGGAGGACCUGACGCCGGAGGACGACAUGCCGAUAGGCCGCAACGUCCUGGAGCUGACCGACGUGCGCCAGUCCAACAACUACACCUGUGUUGCCAUGUCGACGCUCGGUGUGAUUGAGGCGGUGGCACAGAUUAUUGUGAAAGCUCUGCCGAAGGCCCCCGGUACCCCCGUGGUAACGGAGCGAACUGCAACCAGUAUCACUCUCACCUGGGACUCUGGAAACCCUGAACCUGUCUCCUAUUAUAUCAUUCAGCAUCGCGCCAAAGGCUCAGAGGACCCCUACAAAGAGAUUGAUGGCAUCGCCACGACGCGCUACAGCGUGGGCGGCCUCAGCCCUUACUCCCACUACGACUUUCGGGUGGCGGCUGUCAACACCAUCGGCCAGGGCCCCUCGAGCGAGGUGGUGGAGGCUCGCACAGCCGAGCAGGCCCCUUCCUCGCCUCCUCGACAGGUCAUCGGUCGAAUGCUGAGCGCCACAACAGCAAUGAUCCACUGGGACGAGCCGGAGGAACCCAACGGACAGGUGGUGGGCUACAGAGUGUACUACACCUCCGACAGCACGCUGCCAGUCAACCAGUGGGAGAAGCAGAUGGUGCGCAGCACCAACUUCAUCACCAUCCAGGAUCUGACUCCCAACAAGACCUAUUACAUCAGAGUGCUGGCCUUCACCUCUGUAGGAGACGGGCCUCUGUCGCAGGACCUGCAGAUUAUAGCCAAGACUGGAGUUCCAUCCCAGCCUUCAGAAUUUAAAGGUGAAGCCAAGUCUGAGACCAGUAUCCUGUUAUCCUGGACCGCCCCCACAACUCAGGGGGGCCCAGACAGUCAGAUCACAGGAUAUGAGCUGGUUUACCGGCGGGCAGACGACACAGAUGAGAAGAAAGUCAGCUUUGAGCCUACAACCUCCUACCUGCUGAAGAACCUAAAGCCCUUCUCCACCUACACCUUCCAGCUGGCUGCCAAAAGCAAAAACGGGAUUGGGGCGUAUACCAACGAAGUGUCUAUCGACACACCACAGACACUUCCCUCAGCGCCCCCCCAGGACAUCGCGUGCACCAGUCCCAGCUCUACCAGCGUCCUGGUAAGUUGGGCCCCGCCUCCUCUGGAGUUUCAGAACGGCGUCAUUACGGGAUACUCCAUCCAGUACUCCACUACGGAGGGCAACAGGACGUCCAAAAGGGUUGACGGCGUCCCCCCGGACAGUUCCACGUAUCUCCUGGAAAACCUACAGAAAUGGACUGAAUAUGGCAUAACGGUGCGGGCGCAAACGGAAGCCGGGGACGGACCGGAAAGUUUACAGCUGCUUAUCCGCACGGAGGAAGAUGUUCCAAGCGGUCCCCCGCGCGGGGUGGAGGCAGAGACUGUGAACGCCUCGGCCAUUAGGGUGAAAUGGCGGUCACCGGCGCCCGAACGGCAGCACGGUCAGGUCCGAGGCUACCAAGUCCAUUAUGUGAGGAUGAACUACGGAGAGCCUCAGGGUCAGCCCUUCAUCAAGGACAUCCUCAUAGACGACUCACAGUGGGAAUAUGACGACUCAGCUCAAUAUGAGGUGGUGCUCGGAGACCUGAAGGCAGACACUUCCUACUCUGUAUCGGUGGGGGCCUACACCGCCAAGGGCGACGGUGCUCGCAGCAAACCCGUCAGCGUGUGCACCGCCCUGCCACUGCCCGAGAAACCCAAACUGACGGUGACUGCCACCGACGUAGGUACCGCUCUGCUUCAGUGGCACCCGCCUCCAAAUCCGCCCACCCCUCUCCUGGGCUACCGACUCACCUUCGGCCGCAUCGACGUCCUCCCCUUUACGGUCGUGGAGUUCCCCACGAAGGAAACCCGCUACACCGCCCAGGAUAUCUACAAAGGAGCCGAGUAUGUGUUCAGACUCUCUGCCCGCAAUAAAAUGGGCUACGGGGAGGAGGCUGUGAAAGAGGUGACCACUCCGGAAGACGCCCCGAGCGGAUACCCGGAAAACAUCAUCUCCGAGGAGGCGUCCGCCACCUCCCUCCUGCUGGCAUGGAAAUCAGUGCCGCUGAUAGAGCAAAACGGGAAAAUUGUGAAGUACUCGGUGCUGUACAAGGACAUAAACAGUCGAGGAAACGCCUCGGAGGUCGCGGCGCCCGCUCCGAGUGUUUUGUUGGAAGGCCUGAGUGCCGAUACUGUGUAUGAUGUCAGGGUGUGUGCGUUCACAGCUGUCGGCCCUGGGCCGUACAGCCCCAGCGUCCAGUUUAGGACGCAGCGGCUGGACCAAGUUUUUGCCACCAACUUCAGAGUAAAGGCGGCCAUGAAGAACUCUGUCCUGCUGUCCUGGGAGAUCCGAGACAAGAACCCUGCCCAGCCUUUCACUAUCCUCUAUGGAAAGGGCCAGUCUGUGGAAGUGGAUGGCAGACAGACUCAGAAGCUGAUCACUGGCUUGGAGCCAGACACCCAGUACUCCUUUCUGCUCACCAACCGGGCCAACAGCGCAGGAGGCCUGCAGCACCGCGUCACUGCCACCACCGCUCCAGACAUCCUGAAGACCAAACCCUCUGUCGUGGGAAAGACCAACGCAGACGGCAUGGUGACUGUGCAGCUGCCGACUGUGCAGACCACGGCUAAAGUCAGAGGUUACUAUGUGGUGGUGGUGCCACUGAAGAAGCAGAGAGGAGGAAAAUUCCUGAAUCCGUGGGAGGAACCCGACCAGAUGAACCUGGAUGAGCUCCUCAAAGAGAUCAACAGGACCAGCGUCAGUCGUGCGCUUCGCAUCCGCAGACAGGCCGGCCAGUCAGAUCCCAGGGCCUAUGUCACAGCUCACUUCAAGACCCUCCCCAUGGAGUUCACUCUGGGCGAUGGCCGUAACUAUGGCGACUUCCGCAACCGUCCACUGCAGAACGGCCAGGAAUACGUUUUCUUUGUGCUCGCGCUGCUCGACCUCUCUGAGAACACCAUGUAUGCUACCAGCCCAUAUUCUGAUCCCGUGACCUCAUCAGAUGUGGAUCCUCAGCCAAUUGUUGACGAGGAGGAAGGGCUCCUUUGGGUGGUAGGGCCUGUGCUGGCUGUAAUCUUCAUUGUCUGCAUCGUCAUCGCCAUCCUCCUCUUCAAGAGCAAACCUGACAGGAAAAGAGCUGAGGCCGAGGGAAGGAAGGGCAGUUUUCCCUGCAGCAAGGCCAUGUCCUCCCACCAUCCCACCGAUCCGGUGGAGCUACGCAGAAUCAACUUCCAGACCCCAGCCUACCGGGUAUCAGUGUACCGCGGUUAUCGCCGUUUGUCAAGCAUGGCAAGUCACCCGCCCGUCCCCAUCUCUGAGCUGGCAGAUCACAUUGAGCGCCUCAAGGCAAACGACAAUCUCAAGUUCUCUCAAGAGUACGAGUCAGUCGACCCCGGCCAGCAGUUCACGUGGGAGAACUCCAACUUGGAAGUCAACAAACCAAAGAACCGCUACGCUAACGUCAUCGCCUACGAUCACUCGAGGGUCAUACUCUCCAGCAUCGAGGGUGUCCCAGGCAGCGACUACAUCAACGCUAACUAUAUUGAUGGCUACCGCCGUCAGAAUGCCUACAUCGCCACUCAGGGCUCCCUCCCCGAGACCUUCGGGGACUUCUGGAGGAUGGUCUGGGAGCAGCACACGGCCAAUAUCAUCAUGAUGACCAAACUGGAAGAGAAGUCACGGGUGAAGUGUGAUCAGUACUGGCCGACACGUGGCACGGAGACGUACGGCCUCAUCCAGGUCACUCUGCUGGACACGGUGGAGCUGGCCACCUACUCCGUCAGGACCUUCGCUCUUUACAAGAGCGGCUCCAAUGAGAAGCGGGAGGUUCGUCACUUCCAGUUCACGGCCUGGCCCGACCAUGGGGUGCCCGAACACCCCACCCCCUUCCUGGCCUUCCUUCGCCGGGUCAAAGCCUGCAACCCUCCAGAUGCAGGGCCCAUGGUUGUCCAUUGCAGCGCUGGAGUGGGCCGCACCGGCUGCUUCAUCGUGAUCGACGCCAUGGCGGAGCGCAUCAAGCACGAGAAGACCAUCGACAUCUACGGCCACGUCACGCUGAUGCGCUCCCAGAGGAACUACAUGGUCCAGACGGAGGACCAGUACAUCUUCAUUCACGACGCGCUGCUGGAGGCCGUGACCUGCGGGAACACCGAGGUCCCCGCGAGGAACCUGUACUCCUACAUCCAGAGGCUGACUCAGAUAGAACCGGGAGAGAAUGUCACUGGCAUGGAGCUAGAGUUCAAGCGUCUGGCCAGUGCCAAGGCUCACACAUCACGGUUCGUGAGUGCCAAUCUGCCAUGCAACAAGUUCAAGAACCGGCUGGUGAAUAUUAUGCCCUACGAGACCACGCGAGUGUGUCUGCAGCCAAUCAGAGGAGUGGAGGGAUCCGACUAUAUCAAUGCCAGCUUCAUCGACGGAUACAGGCAGCAGAAGGCCUACAUAGCAACCCAAGGCCCACUGGCUGAGACCACAGAGGACUACUGGAGGAUGCUGUGGGAACACAACUCCACCAUAGUCGUCAUGCUAACCAAACUGAGAGAAAUGGGUCGGGAGAAAUGUCACCAGUACUGGCCUGCAGAGCGCUCGGCCAGGUACCAGUACUUUGUGGUGGAUCCGAUGGCCGAGUACAACAUGCCCCAGUACAUCCUCCGAGAGUUCAAAGUCACUGAUGCCAGGGAUGGCCAGUCUCGGACGGUUCGUCAGUUCCAGUUCACUGAUUGGCCAGAGCAAGGAGUGCCAAAGUCGGGGGAAGGAUUCAUUGAUUUUAUUGGCCAGGUGCACAAAACAAAGGAACAGUUUGGCCAGGAUGGGCCAAUUACUGUGCACUGCAGCGCUGGAGUAGGGAGAACUGGUGUGUUCAUCACCCUCAGUAUCGUGCUGGAGAGGAUGAGGUACGAGGGAGUGGUGGACAUCUUCCAGACCGUCAAGAUGCUGCGCACCCAGAGACCUGCCACAGUUCAGACAGAGGACCAGUACCAGUUCUGCUACCGGGCCAGCCUGGAGUACCUGGGAAGCUUUGAUCACUAUGCAACAUAAACCGAGCUGGCCGCCUCUCACGCCACAUCGAGGCCGAGUGCAGUUUUCCCGGGGAAGUGCGCUGGGCUGCGAUGCGCGUCUGAGGAUUUUUUUUUGUCGCCACCUACAUGCAGAGUGAAUGGGGGACCAUCGGCUUAUCCCGUACCCAGAAACAGCAAAUCUAACUGAGCCAUAGCAACCUGCUUGACAAGGGUGUCUCCUUCCACCCUCAGCCCAAACACACCCAUUGGUCAGUCUGAAGAAGCAACUUCAACCACUGUUCCAAUCAGAAUACUUGAUCAAAUAUAGGUUUUUUUAAAUUAGUUUCAGUGCUUUUGGGAGCACCCAGAUUUUUUUUUUCUUUUUGUUUAUUUCUCGUUGUUUCGGAUGUGGAACUCUCACCUCAUCCGCCACCAGUGUAGCAUCACCAACCUAAAUACUGGACCCAGCUACAGUAUUUUUCUGUCACAGGAAAUUUAGAUUUUUUUUUUUUUAAUAUAUCAUGAAGGCGUCCACGCAUCCAUCAUCCGGGAGCCUCGUGGACUGAAAGGACUGGGACUUUUUUUAGCACCAGAGAAUUGCCAACAGGAGACUGAAAACACAGAGAACACAGUAUUAAAAAGACACAUCCCCGAAAAAAAAAAAGGAAAAAAAAGAAAAAGAAAUGACACAGAGACGUGUUGGUUUUUAUUUUGGAAACAGACUUUUGUUUCCCAUGAAUGAAGAAGAAGAUAUUUCUACCAUACAGUAAUAAACACCACCAGUUCAACCUUAUGCUUCACGGUUCAAGAUAAGGGAAGUCUGAGAGAGGUUUAAAAUGCAUACACCACACAAAGUAAAUCAUUCAUUUAGUUUUUUAGAGAGAAAAAAUAUUUUCUUUUUUUUUUUUUAAAUAAAAGUGAAUAUUCCUUACGGCACGUUCUGUUUUCGUUUCUACAAGUUCGCGACCAUUCAAAAGCAAGUAUUUUUAAUUUUUUGUUUCUGUGUAAUCCAAUGAGCUGUAGCCAUGUUUUUUUUUUGUGAUACGGUUUUAAAGUGUACAAUCAAAUCUAAAAUGUGUGGAAAAAUGUUCACAGUUCUAUGAAAAAUUGCCACCAGUGAGUGUCACUCUCCUGUAUUCUUCACCCACUACUCUCUUUUUUAGUAACACACGGUUCGCAUGCACACACGGGACUCACCCUCAUUACGAUCGCGCCUGCAGUGUCAGAGAGCUGUUAUUUUUUUAUUUUAUCUUUUAUUUUUUUAAUUCCCACGGGUGGGGAGGGGGAAGGGAGGGCCACUGAGAUACAGUAAUAACGCUGCUGCUACCAGAAAAGGUCCCAACAAUAGUAAUAUUAAAUAUCCCACCGACUUGUUUUGUGUCUGCGUUGGGGAAGAAAUAAGAAAAGAAAGAAGGAGGCCCGAUGCGCUGCGGAGAGAGUAUGAGAGAGUGUGCACGGGAAGCAGAGGAGGAAGUGGAGCUAAUUUAUGUGUCAAAAUAAGCGAAGAUUUUUGAAGGAGGGAGCGAGGAAAAGGGAGGUGGGACUGCGGCGGUCGGGUGUGCGGGAUGGAAGCAAGAAUUUUCUCACUGGAAUGCUCACCUUUGACUCUUCUCCGUGUCUGAAUCAGUGUGCAAUAAGUAGAUGUAUUAUAUAUAUUUUUGUGUCAAGUCACUAACUGCAGUUAAAUACCAUGGUGAUGGUGAUGAUGAUGAUAAUGAUGGUGGUGGUGGUGCAUCGUUUUUUUUUUUUUUUUUUUUUGUUAAUUUGUUUGUUUUCCAGACACAAGGAUGUUAACGCUCGCUAACAUUUUCCCGCCAAACCAUUAAACGAGUCCUGACGGAGGAGCAGCGACCCUCUGACCUCUUAGGAAUAUUUUUAUCUUUUUAUCAUCACAGCUCCGGUAGAUGAUGUCAUCCUUCUGUGCGUCACGGCGACCGACGAGUGAUCAUACUUCAGCAUCUAAUAAGUACUUUGAUUUUAGAUUUCUAGUGCCUUAUAUUACACGCCUAUUUUGAUAAAGUUACUUUAAAGGGUUUUUCGUGUAUUUUAUGUACGUGUGCUCGUGUGCGUGUGUACCGAAUGUCUGCAUAUAUGAUUUUGGUUUUCCGUUACAGUAUUCGUGCGUUUUUUUGUUUUUUUUGUUCGUUCGUUUGUUUGUUUGUUUUAAUUUCCGGCCGCGAGCUUUCGACCGCGCGGGCUGUACUCAUCGUUUUAAACCCAGCAAACUGCAUCGUUGUAUCUUUUUUAAUUAAAGGAAAAAAGAAAAACAAUCUUACCUAACGUGAAACUCAACCACGGGCAAAAAAAAAACAAACAAAAAAAAAUGGUUAUUAGAAGGUCAGGUCCGAUCAUUUCGAGUUUCCACGUCGAGCUAUUUUUCGUCUUUUCUUCGCGGGACACUUACACGAGCUUUCAGUUUGCCUGCCACGAAUUUUAGGCCACGCUGAGCGACUAUGGCGACGACUGUGAGCUGGCUCGGACCAGCCACACCUGCUCAGCUGUGUCGAAGCUGAACCGCAGAAGAAAAACAGUAUCGUACGGAUCCCGCCCGAAAACCCUAAAAUCUGUCAAAGCGGUCCUCUGCGUUCGUCAUCCUGACGUCUACGUACGUUUUCCCUUAACAACAAAUGCUGAGAGAAGUUCAGGUGCUACGUCUCCAAGGACACAGAACCUACACAGUGUAUUCUUUUUUUUUUUUUUUUUUUUUUAACCAUUAACCAUAUAAGGGAUUGUUGGCAGUUUUCCACCAUCUUACCAUAACCCUGUUGUCGUUUUUUUUUUGUAUGCAUGGUACCACUUUUGAGAUGCCCCUAUGGUCGCACCUGUUUAUGGGAAGACUUGCACUUUCUCUCUUUGUACUAUGCACUAAUACUAGUAUCCUACUAUCUCCGAUAAGCCCCGCCCUCAAAAAGGAGUCUUACUUGAACUCAGUAAAGAUGGACCCUGUAAUGCUCACAUGGUUGUGUAUAUGUAAAUAACACAAAACACAGAAAGUAACUGAAAUGCAUAAAUAAAUAAAUGAUUAAGGUGAAGAGUGAAUAGGAACUUAUCAGCUAUACAGAGUGGUAUAAUAAAAGGUCGCACCUGAAAUCACAGUUUUAUGGCACAGCAGUACGUGCAAUACAUCACAUUGUGGAUUUGUCGUACCACAAAAGAGAAGUUUCACAAAAAAAAAGUGUUCUAUUUUAAUCCCCCCCUCCCCUCCCAAUGUAUCAUGUAGAUGGAUAAAACUGGAGUUUAUAAAUUGUAUAAAAAAAAAUAUGAAAAUAUGGUGUUAUACUUGGAUCAGUUACCUCCGAUUGGUCUGUACAUGUAAACUUUUUUUUUUCUUUUUUUGUUGUUUUGUUUUGUUUCCUGCUCCGAGUCAACAAGUGCUUUUUAUUUUCUUACAUCGGUUCUCGGAGUGCGUGAAAACUGAAAAAAAAAAAAUAAUAAUAAUAAAGAAAAACAGGUCUGUAUGGAUUUCUGUUCUUUAUCGACACAAGUUUCAUUUGUUACGAAUAAACUCAAGUGAAAUUA